UUGAAUAAAAUGGCAGGUUUGUGCAAUAUAACCUAAUCCGAUCAACUGAAAGCGCCUUGGAUAAAUAAUGAUGACCAGUGGAAACUCCUGCCACAGAGUUCAGUUAUAAUCCCACUAAAAAGCUCGACUUGGAGCUGAGACUCGCAGUGCCUCUCUCCUCCUCUUUCUGCUCCUCCUCCUCUUCUUUUCCUCCUGUGGAAGUCUGAAUGAUGGGGCUGAAACCUCCGAAUUGCCAUCUGCUGCUCCUGCUCUGCUUCAACUCUCUCUGUUGUUCCGCCAUCGAAUCGGUGAAUCUGGUGGAUUUCUGUGGCCAAACAAUCCGGAGAGACGGAAUGAUCGUCAAGUCACACCAGGAAUCCAAAAAGUACUACUUUGUGACCAUGGGAACAGACUGUCACCUCACCAUGCAGGCCAGCUCGCCUAAAGACAAGGUCCAGUUCUACUUCCGCUUCUUCCUAGUCUACAGUUUGCUCAGAGUGGCUCCUUUAAGCCCCGCCCCUCUCGUCCAAGAGUCCUCACGCAGCUCCGCCUUUCUCAACUCAAGACUUGAUCCCACGUCCGGUGAAAGCCCAGAAGACCCGUGUUAUGCCGGCUCCUACCUUCAGUUCUAUGACGGAAGAGACCGUAGCUCCCCAGCUCUUGGGCCUCCUCUCUGUGGGAAGACUGCUCCCCGGCCAGUUCUGUCCACAGGAAACUAUUUGACCCUCAGGCUGGUGACGCGGGGGACUCAGCCCAGGGUUGAUUUUGUUGGAGACUUCACCUCCUUCAGACUGGGGUUCAACCAAUCAGAGUGCAGAAGUGAGCCCUACUUCACCUGUAGAAAUGGGAAGUGCAUCCCCGUCAGUCUUGUGUGUGGCGAUAAAGACGUUGACAACUGUGGAGAUGGAAGUGACUUGGAGGAAAAUCUAACAGGCUGCAAAGGUCAGCUUUCACCCACUGAACGUCCGCCCCAGAUUUCUACACCAACCCUGUCCUUGGUGAGUCUGCCAACCCACGUUGGUGGGACGUGUAUGAACUGCAGUGUAACAGGCAGCAGUCUGAGGCGGGAGUCAGUAACCGCCUCCUCCUCGUCCCUGCUGGCUUUAUACAUCGUCCUGGGUGUAGUGGCGGGGGGCUUGGUUCUCUGCUGGUGCUGCUGGUCGCCUGCCUGGUUACUGUGGCGGCUCAGCAUCUGCCGCUUCUUGCCGUGCUGCAAGUCAACCUGCGCCUCCUGCACUUUCUUCCCCUGCAACAGUGCAAACACCAAGGAGCAGCGAGUGGCAAAGGUCAGCCCUCACACGCCGGCCAGCAGGAACCCCCCGGACACGCCGGCCAGCGCCGACGACAAUCCGUGUUGACUGUGCGGACCACUUUCCACUUCCUGGUUUGACGUUCACAGACGCGAUGCUCUGACCAGUGGUCAUGACAGCAAAACUUUUAUUCAUAGAGGUUGGUCCAAUGAGGUCAAUUUGCAACACCGACAUUAGUGGAAGGCAGAAGCGUAAUGGGAGCUGGAGAGGCCUGGUUUAGGUUUUGUGGCCUGUCCAGCCCUGCAUCAGAAACACCGGGCUUGUUUGAAUUUGUAAUUAAAUUUGUUCUCCAGAAUCGGCUAAUAGAUCAUUUAAACUCUCGCCAUUCACCUGUUAGCGACAAGCAAACAUCAAAGUAAUAGCAAGACUGGCUCAUUAUUACCUGACCAUGCUCGCUGUAAAACUGCUUAAUCUGAUGUGUUUAUUUGUCCAACGCUACUCUGCUGCCUUGCUUAUGCAAUAUGGCUGAUCUUUAAACUGGUAAAGCAGACUGUGGUCUACCUGUGUAGUUUGAAUGUGAACUGUUUAGCUGAACCGUAAUAAAACCAUAUUUAUCCUCGGUGUAGUUUGCAAACAUCUCCCAUUCUGCAUAAUGACUGUGGAGAAACAAAUUCAGAACACAACGUUUUGAUUGUUCAAUGAGUUUAUGUCUGUGAAUUGGGUCAGUGCCUUGAGACGAUUCUUAUUGUAAACAUGUGCCAUGCAA